UUUAAAAAUUGCAAAUAAAAAUGUUAACCGUUGAGAUAAAAGCAAAAAUUCAGAAUUAUAAGGAUUUAAUAACGAAACUUUAUACGUUGUUAUUUUCUACGUAUCCAAUUAAAACAACGGAUCAUUAUUAUAAUACAAUGAAUGGAAAUUUGAUGUUACGGAUAUUUGAAGAACAUGGAUAUGCAUCGUUAAUCUCUUAUAUACGAUUUAAUGAAGACGGUGUGCAAAUAUGUAAAUCCUAUGGUUCGCUUCUAUGUCAUAAAAUUCCAAUGCUUUCAACUAUAUUGGAAGGAACAAACGGUAUUAGAGGCUCUAUGAAAAAACACAGACAAGCAUAUUACACUAAGGAUGCUCUAAUAAAUAUUGACUUUUACGAAUUAUUGGGUGAAUUUAUAGAGAUAAAAGUAAUAGAUAAAGAUAUGGAAACCUCAAAAAAAAUAAUUAAUGACUUAAUGCAAGCACUCGGUAUAACAAGUGAUGAUCUAGAAACUAAAUCCUAUAUAGAUUUAUUAGUUGAAAAGUUACCUCCGUUGGAAACGUCUGAAGUAUUUAGAAAACCUAAAAUAUCUAAAACGCUUGAAUCGAUUGCAACAUCUGAAAUGUUUCAAUUGCCUGCAACAUCUGAAAAGCCUGAAGAAUUUCAACUACUAAAACAUAUAUUUAAAAGGUGUGGAGUGUCUAUAACUAAAAAGUCUGAAACGCCUAUAACAUUUACAACGUCUGAAACAUCUGAAAUGUUACCUCCAUUGGAAACGUCUGAAGUAUUUCGAAAGCCUGAAACAUCUAAAACGCUUGGAUCGAUUGCAACAUUUGAAACGCUUCAGUUGCCUACAACAUCUGAAAAGUCUGAAGUAUUUCAAUUACUAAAACGUAUAUCUGAAAAGUGUGAAGUGUAUGUAAUAUCUAAAAAGUCUGAAAUGCCUAUAACAUUUACAGUGCCUGAAACAUCUGAAACGUUACUUCCAUUGAAAACGUCUAAAGUAUUUGGAAAGCCUGAAAUAUCUAAAACACUUGGAUCGAUUGCAACAUCUGAAACGCUUCAAUUGCCUGCAACAUCUGAAAAUUCUAAAAUAAUUCAACUACUAAAACGUAUAUCUGAAAGAUGUGAAGCGUCUGUAACAUGUAAAAAGUCUGAAACGCCUAUAGUCAUAAAUAUAUUUACGUCUGAAACAUCUGAAACAUCAGCUGAAAUAGCUGAAACAGCUGGAAUAUGUGAAACGGACAAAAAACGCUUGGAACAUCUAUAAAAUUUGAAUCUCCUAAAAACGUAUAACCUUUUUCUUUAUGUAAAUAUUGUUGAUUAAAUUUGUCUUUGGAGAUUUCUGGAUUUUAAACUGAUAACAUACCGUGCUAUUAUUUUUAAUGGAGAUUCAAAUAUUCAUAUUAUAAAAAUUAAAAAAGAAAUAUAUAUAUAUGUAUAUACACACAUGUACUCAUAUGCUCUAUGCAAUUAUACUUUUCUGUACAGAUUUAUAUAUAUAUAUAUAUACAUAUAUAGCUAGAUAAUCUUAUAGAUAAUACAAUAUUAUACUCACGCGCACAUAUAUAUUGCUACUUGAAAAUAUUA